UGCCUCCCUUUCUGAAGAAUUUCGGGUUAGGAAGCCAUUUGUGGGGCAGAUGCAAGCCGGCAAGGGAUGAAGGGUGGUCUUCCUCUCGUUCCUGCCCUCCCAGAGGUACUGACGUCUCCUGUGCAAAUGUGUUUUAAAGAGACCAGCCUCUGUUAUUUCCCGGUGUUUGUCUGUCAGGCUGCCAGAGUCAACACGUGUGUGCUGGAGCCCUAGGCAUAACGCCCUCUCUCUCUCUCUCUCUCACGCACAUACACUGACAAUCAGCAGAGUUGCGACUCAGGGAAAAGAAUGACUCUGCAGAGUUUCACUCAGUGACCUCAGCGGCAAGCUGACGACUAAAAGCGGCCAGGAAACGUGGGGGAAGAGAUGGGCCACAUUGUGUCUGCCUGUCUGAGCGUCUCUCUGUGACAUGCAGCGAGCUUCUGGAGUGAGCAAGAUCUGACGGAAGAAACGGUGACUUGCAGUGCUCUCUCACCAUGGAGCUGACCGCGUGGCAAGGCAAUGACUCUGAGCCAGGGAACCAGACCGAGGAAAUGGACACUAAAUUCCUGCAGCCCGAGUGGCAGAUUGCCCUGUGGGCGCUCGCCUACUCCAUUAUUGUGGCGGUGGGAGUGUGCGGGAACCUGGUGGUCAUGUGGAUUAUUCUGGCCCACAAGAGGAUGCGGACAGUAACCAACUAUUUCUUGGUCAACCUGGCUUUCACCGAGUGCUCCGUGGCUGCUUUCAAUGCGGUCAUCAACUUUGUCUACGGCAUCCACAACGAGUGGUACUUCGGCCUCGGCUACUGUCGUUUCCACAACUUUUUCCCCAUUACUGCCAUGUUCGCCAGCAUCUACUCAAUGACUGCUAUCGCCCUGGACAGGUACAUGGCGAUCAUUCAUCCUCUGAAACCAAGACUGUCAGCAACAGCCACAAAGGUUGUGAUUGGAGUUAUUUGGGUGGUGGCAUUGUCACUGGCCUUUCCACAGUGCUAUUACUCCACAACAGAACAGUUUCCAGGCAGAGUGGUAUGUUACGUGGAGUGGCCUGAGAAUGCAGAGGACAGCACGAGCCAUGAAACUAUAUAUCAUGUCUGCGUAACAGUCUUUGUCUACUUCCUGCCUCUGAUGGUGAUGGGCUAUGCUUAUACCAUCGUGGGGAGAACACUGUGGGCAAGUGAAAUUCCAGGAGAUUCCUCAGACCGAUACAGGGAGCAGAUGAAUGCCAAGAGAAAGGUAGUGAAAAUGAUGAUAGUCGUGGUGACCACGUUCGCUGUGUGCUGGCUUCCCUACCACAUCUACUUCCUACUCUAUCUCUUCCAUCCAGAAAUUUACCAGAAGAGGUACAUCCAGCAAGUGUACCUGGCCAUCAUCUGGCUGGCGAUGAGCUCUACAAUGUAUAACCCGAUCAUCUACUGCUGCCUCAAUGAGCGGUUCCGAGCUGGAUUUCGUCGUGUUUUCCGUUGGUGUCCAUUUGUGAAAAGCAAAGAUUAUGAGGGGCUGGAGAUGAAAUCAACCAAGUUUCUCCAAACCCAGGGCAGCACGUAUAAGGUCAGCCGGAUGGAGACCACCGUAUCCACAGUCAUCAACCAGAAUGAGGAUGAUGUCGAUGACAAUGUCAAGGCAACAGAAUUGUCGCUGGACUUGAACUCCAACGGCUCCUCACGUAGCAUCUCAAAGGCUGGGUCUGAGUCCUCCACUCUCUCCUGCAAGCCAGAUCCCUAUUAAAUGGUCAGUUAGAUUCAUGCAAACCUACAGCACCAAGUGAGCGUUUCGAAACAGAUGACAAUCAAUGUUCAGAUACUAGGUCGUCACCAUCUCCUCGAUGGAUUACAAGAUAUCUCAGCCUGGUACUCCAUCAAAGUUAGUAACUAGGGUCCCACAUCAAACUGGAAGAAAUAAAUUGGGCUCCAGAGACUCAUUGGGCUGAAUGGCACACUUCUGUUCCCACGUCUUAUAGUGAUAUCACUUCAAUCCUACACCACACGUAUUCUCUUCUCUACAAAUCCAUCAUAAAAAUAGUCAUCCAAUGCUGUUGAGAAGCUUGUUUACAAAGUGUUAGCUGUCCAGUUCCUAACACAGCCUGACUCAUUCCAAAAGUGGUAAAAUGGUAAAACUAUCAAUUGCCCAUGACCACUCUCAAGCAAUAGGCAUGCGCCACUUCUCCCCGACCAUCAAACUACAAUAUAUCUGCUCCCUCAGCACCCAUUACACAGCACAACACAAAUCUGAGCUCUCUCCUUUCUAAACCGAUCCUUUGACAUUACAAAAACUGGUCCAUUAGGUUGAGAUUUACUGUAAGAAGACACAAAGAGCUUCUUCCAACAGCCAUUUAAGUUAACUGCUGCAGGCAAAUGGGACAACAAGAUCAGAGAACGCCAGAAUAUGAAAUUCUGGUACAAAGCAACCGUCAAAUCUUUAGCUUUUUUGCUUUCCCUUGGUAACAAAUGUUGAACUUCUGAAGAUGAUCCAUCAGACAAAUGCACCAUCAGUUCAGUGGUCACAUGGUACGUGGCUGAGGGGUCACUGGCAGAGGUACAGAUGAUGAGAGAUAUGAGGAAUGUGAGACUCAGGGAAACUGAGACUCAUGCAUUGUGUAACAUGGGAUAAUGUGGAGACCAGGGGAAUAUGAGACCCCAGGAAAUGGGAAUUAAAUGGAAUCUGAGAUAAGGGGAAUGUGAGAUAAGUGGGAUAUAUGUUAAGAGGGAUGUGAGAAAUGGGGGAUUUUGAGCUUGGUAGGAUGUGAAACAUUUGAAACUAUGUUGAAUGUGACACAAGAAGACUGUAAAAUAUGGAGGAUGAACACUUGAUAAGUGAGAUGAGAGACAAAGGGAAAAUUAGGUAACAGGGAUUGGAGUAAAGAGACGUGCACCAUGGUAACAUUCUUCCUGAGCUUUCUCAAUGCUGUGAAGUGUCCAGAUAAUGGGGCACAAGCCCUUGUGUCAGUGUGGGCCUUUGCAAUCUACACUACAGAGUAGCUCCAUCAUUUUUGUUUCCAUUUCUUCACAUUAUGCCAGAAUGGGUUAUUCCUGAAUCGAUCGGAUUGUGUUUGAUCUAUAGAGGAACAGGAACUCUGGAAGGAUACGUUUGCCCAUUGUGGAAUGGUGCAGGAUACUGUAGUAAUGCCACGUUAAUGCUCCUAAAUCAGUUCACAUGGUUGGAGUGCAGAUCAGAUUCCAAUACAACAUACCAAGGUUGAUCCUGCUGCCCCUGACUGCGGAUCUUGCAGAUGUCCAAAAGUGGCCUAAAACAAUGUCCCUACAGCCACAACAUGACAUCCCAACUCCUCCACUCAAUACAUUGCCCAGUAAAGACAAUUAUACCAAACACCUUCUUCACAAUCCAAUCUACUGGCGACUCAACUUUCAAGGAACGAUGAACCUGCACUCCAGGGUUUCUUUGUUCAGCAACACUUCCCAGGGCCUUACCAUUAAGUAUUAUAGGAGGGAUGAUGUGAAACGUGAAAGGGUUCCAAAAAGAUUUACAAGGAUGUUGCCAGGCUUGGAGGGUUCAAGCAAGAGUGAGAGGCUGGAUACACUGGCUAUUUUCCCUGCAGUGUCAGAGAUUGAGGGGGGAUAUGAUAGAGAUUUAUAAAAUCUUGAGAAGCAUGGAUAGGGUAAAUAGACAAAGUCCUUUCCCCAGUGCUUGGAGUCAAAAGCUAGAGGUCAUUUGUUGAAAGCGAGAGUGGAAAUAAUUAGAAGGGAUCUGAGAGGCAACGUUUUCAUGGAGUGGAGCAUGUAUGGUAUGAGCUGCCAGAGAAAAUGGUGGAGGUUGAUCUACUUGCAAUAUUCAAAAGGCUUCAGGUUGCUUAUGUGAAUAGGCAGUGUUCAGAGGUAUGUGAACCAACUGAUGACAAAUGGAUCUAGAUUCAUGUGGGAUAUCUGGUUGGCAUGGACAAAUUGGAUUGUUUCUGUGUUGUAUGUCUCUAUGACUCUAUGUCUUCCUCAGUUUCCUGUUGGUGUUCUGUUUGGGGUCUCUCCGGUGACACAGCUCACAUCCUAAAUCCUACUGUUCUCUCAUAGUGACACCAGUGCUGAACAGACAAAUGGACAUAUCUCAAUAGCCUGAUUCUCACAAUCACUGUCACUCUCGAGACUCAUACUACUAUUUUUAAUCAUUCCCUAAGGGUACACCUCAAGAAGACAGUGAUGAGUCUUUUUCUUGAACCAAAUAUAGAAGAGCUCUCAUGGCUGUUUUAGGCAUGGACAUCCAAGUCUUUGACCCAGUGACAAUGUGGGAAGUGAUUCUCCCUUGUGGGCAAGAUUAUAGGGUGCAAUAGCUGGUUCAUGAUAGUAAAGCGUGCUCACUUAUCACUCUGUACAAUGCUGUGGUCAUGAAAAUGUAGUAACUUGCAAAUCAAUGAAAACAAUCAGAAAUCUCUUGUGUCAUGACAAUUGAAGUUACAGAGCCAUUGUUGAAGAUAAUGUCCUUCUGGAUCCUCCUGAUGGAAUAUAGGUGUUUCUCUGUCUCAAAAGAGUUUUCAACAAGAUGUUUUCUGGAAAGUGUUUUCUAAACACUUUCAUCUGUUCCUUGGAUUUUGCAACUGGAUAUCUUUCAGUUUUUAAUUUUACAAUGUUUUGGGGAAAGAGGGCAUGAGAGUCAGGCUUUGCAAUUGCAAGGCCAUUUUGAUUAGUUGACAGAUGGGCUGAAUGGUCUCAUUCCAUCAUUCUGAAGUCAGUAGGAUUAUUGGUUUAGAUCUCCCACAGUUGGCAACUUAAAGCUCAAAGUGAAACUGGUAAGAAAACUAACUACACAAAUUUGCUUCAGUUCAGUCAAUUACAGAAGGUAUUGAAUGUUUUUCCCUUCACAGCUUCAUAGUGGAGAAAAUGACCAUCUGAGAUCAAUGUUUGGCAGGCAUGUCAAUGCCACGAAAGUGUUGCUGUAUUGCCCUCUUGUGGUGAAAAGCAAACCUGGCCCACUUGCACUUUCGCAAUCUCAUGCAGAUUAACAUUUUCUGGAAACGGGGCGUACUGUUGCUCCCCUGUGAAUAGUUUACCCAAAUUAAUCAAUUAAGAAUCUAUUAUUUGGUGAGGGAAGGUCAUCUACCUGGUUCCAAAGGCUUUUGAAAUUUUAACAUAUUCAAACCAUGUGAUGGGAGGAACUUGAUAGAUGGAAUAAAAUUUGGAAAAAUGUGUUAUGUUUCAAGUUGAGAGGAAAACAAAAAAAUCAAAAAUAUUUCAUAAUUAGUGAGAGUUUAGCAUUUAAGUGACCUGAGUCUCCUUGUUCAUGAGUCACUGAAAGCGAUUUGCAAUUGCAGAAAGCAUUGGGGAAGGUGAAUGGUAUCUCCAAAUGCAUUGUCUGCUGAUGGGAAACGGUUGAGGAGACUAAACAUACAUUCCAUAGAGUUUGGUAAAAUGAGAGGUAAUCCCACUGAAAUAUUCUAAAUGUUUGCAGGGAUAGUAACAACCGCAGAUGCUGGAGUCAGAGAUAACAUGGUGUGGAGCUGGAGGAACACGGCAGGCCAGGCAGCAUCAGAUGAGCAGGAAAGUUGACAUUUGGGUCAGGAACCUUCUUCGUUUCUGAAGAAGGGUCCUGGCCUGAAAUGUCAACUUUCCUGUGCCUCUGAUACUGCCUGGCCUUCUGUGUUCUUUCUGCUCAACACUGUGUCAUAUCAUGUUUUUCAUGGACUGGUUUGGGGAUUGUGUUGAGAGCCAGGGUCACCGUCUGAGAAUAUUUCAGGCUGAGAUCAGGAGAAAUUCCUACAUUCAGAGUGUGCUGAACAUUUAGACUUGUCUACCCAAGAGAUCAAUGUAGGCCUCAACAUUGCCAGAUCUAAAGGUAUUAGAAGCAUGAAAGGGUACAGGCAUCAUGUACAAAAAUAACACUGAUGCAGAAAAUCAGCAAAUGAUGGAGUUGACUGAUAGAGCAGGCUUGAGGGGCCGAAUGGCCCCCUUUCUGCCUCCCUAUUUCACAUACUCUUAUUUUCCUAUUCAUGUGCUCUCUGGGCUGUGAUUGUUGUGUGCUCUGCAUUCUGAGUAGGGGGAUAGUGCUGUUUCUGACUUACGCUGCAUGAUCUUUCCAGUGGCGGGUUUCUUUUCUUGAAGGUGAAUAGAAAUUUGGUCACUUCCAACGUGAUAUUCAACAACUCCACUCCUUUACCAGCACUUACUUUUCCAUUGAAAUACUGCAUCACUGUGCACUCAAUAUCAGAAAUGAAGAUUCAUUGCCCAUCUCAAUGGGCAGUAAAUACUGGCCUAGCCACAUGCCUUGAAUAUUUUCCUUGAACCCAGGGAUCAACAUAAAGCAGCUGCUGUGGCCUACUUCAUAUACUUGAUAAAUUGGCGCAGCAAAUUGAAGUGAUUGGAUGAGAUUCAAACAGCAUCCCUUUGUUUCAAUCUAGGUUUGAGUCAGAGGGUCUGAAUGUGGUAUUGAAACCAAAUCCUUCUUUUUGAACCAUUUGUGCUGUGAAUGUUCUGUCUCUUCAGCUCUGAGGUGGACCAAAAUCACAUUCCAUAAUCAACAAAGAAAGCAGCUGUUAUAUUUCCAUAGGAAUCAUUGAAAACCGAAACAAAAUAAAAUGAAAUAUUCCUUAGGUGCCACUAAAUAUUUAACUGAGAGUCCAGGCACUUCGCUGUCUUUCCAAAUUCAGGUCCUUGCUGAAUGUACAAGCCUGUCCUGCAAAAAUGGCACUGCAGUUCACUUUAUCCAUUUUGGGAAAUUUAUAUUGCAGUCCAUUUUAAUACCAACCCAUGCUGACCAGGAAGUGAUUUAAUCACAGGGAAUCUCAAUACUUCACUAUAACUGAAUAAUGAAUGUCUUGCUUCAUGAGGAGACACAAACAAGAAAUACAAAUACACGGGGGCCUGACUAUUUUAAUGAAUGUGAGAUAGGGUUGAGUUACUCGACAUUGCAAGUGUGAAUUGAGUGCAAUUCAAUUAUCGAUAAGAAUAUAUGUCUCCUUUCAUAAAUGUUGGUGUGAGGUUAACUUGAAGUUAGUUCUGAUGAAUGAUUCAUUGCUCUCCAUUAAGGCAAUAAAGCGACUAGCUGACCUUUGAAAGUAGUAGAAACACUUGAACUUAAUUGACUAGAAGUUAUGGUUGUGAAUUAUUGUCAAUGACACAACAGGGGUAAAAAAAUUCAAGAAAAAAGAUUUACGGAAAACAAUUGUGUAUUCAACAUGCCUCAUUCAUUCACUCUGAUAUGAUUGGUUCAGAACAAAAAGGUCAAAGAACAUACUUUACAUUUGUAGACUUGUACUGAUAUUCUGAGAUGACUGCCUCCAAAUGCUGAAUGCUGGGCUCCCAGGGUUGCUAUGGAAAUGAAAUUCCAAUCUACGUUCCAGCAACUGUCAGUCUUUUUGUUCUGUCACCUAGCAACAGCAUAACCAUUCAUAAACAACAAUCAGAAAGCCAAAGGAAGAAAAUCAAGGAGAGUUUCUUAAUGCUCAAGUGGAAAGGCUUUAAUGUCUGAAAUGUUAAAUGGAAUCUGCCAUCUCCGAAACUCACUGUGGUGCAGAUGGUAUUUUUGCCAUAAACAAUCUAUUGUGUGCUUUGUAUAUUUAUGUCUGUGAUAGAAGGCUGUUAUCCUAUUGUGAUUAAUCAAUAACACAAGAUUGAGAUGAAA